AUGAUAGGUUUUCGCCUCUAUUACUGCUUCAGCUUACUUUGCUUUGCUGUGGGGGAGCAAGAUAGCCGAGUACGCCGUCUGCGGAAACAAAAAAGUACAGGGAUGCGCCGCCUUUCGAGAAAAAAUACCGACGCGGCACUCCGGCUACUGGAAGAGCAAGAUUUGCAAAGCAAAGAGAAUACUUCGGGAGAAAACGAUAGUCAAAACGAAAUUCAGCUUUGUCUUGAAACUCUGAGGCAAGUUGCUGUAAACGACAAACUGUCGCACCGUGAAUAUGUCAAGUUUCUGUUUGAUCUGUCUGGAGGCGACGUAGACGUGAGAAAUUUUACGAGUUUGAGCCCAAGUUUCAAAGCUGUUUUCGACGCAACUGCCUGUCCCGCUGAUACCGAAUGUGCCGUCGAUCAUCCGUUCGUUUCAUUAAAGUCGGGUCAAAAGUCAGAGCAACUGCAGCAGCUCCUUUGCGUUGGUGCCAUGUCCGAAAUUCGCACCGAAGUUUCCGUGUCGUUCGAAUACACAAUUCGAUACAACAGUGUAUUGAUUUCCGACGAGAAAGUGAUCGUGUGCUUGGAAAACGGCUCUGAGAACUUUUUAAGGGAUAGCUUUGGCUGUGAGCAAGUCGUGCCGAAGCGGCAACGAAAGUUGCCUUCGGCGUCCGCGCCAAAGUCCGACUUAAAUCUCGACUCUGACUUUCGCCGUAUGCUGGACGAGGAGGGAUUUCGUGACCUGCAACUGAGUAUGGACACUGGAACCGAUAGCUGUCGAUACAAUGCAGACGUAGUAAUUGACAUGCUGACGACCUUUGACUGUGAUCCUCCCACUGUGGACCCUGAUUUCGAGUGUCUAUUGGUGCGCUCCACGGCAACAGUCUCGGCACCGGCAAUGGAUGAGCCGUCCGAGUCGGAGUUACGGACGGAAGUGACUAUGAUGCUACGCAAUGGUAUCAAUGGUGACCAGAUCGGCGCUUUUUUACCUUCUGAUUGUGUGCUGGCAUGA